UGAAAGUCUGUCACCAUGAAGGGGACAUGUCUGUAUCUGGUCCUGUGGACGUAUUUCACUGCUUUCUCCCAAUGUGGUGCACUCUACACUCUAACGACUCCAAAUCUCCUGAGGGUCGACAUCUUCGAAAAGAUUGUUGUGGAAUCUCAUGACACAAGCAGUGCCUUUCAAGUGCAAAUCCGUGUCCAAGACUUUCCUGCCAAGUCUGAAAUUCUGUUUUCUACCGAAGUCCAUCUCUCACAAGAUAAUAACCCGGCCUCUGUGGAAAUCAAGAUUCCAGCUGAUCGGGUUCCUAAAACGAGAUUUAAACAGUAUGUUAUCGUGAACGCCAGGUUCCCAAACUUCGAAUUGAACCGAGAAGUUCUUCUUUUAUACGAAACUGGUCACCUGUUCCUCCAGACUGAUAAACCAAUCUACACACCAUUGCAAAACGUGCUUUACCGAUUGCUCACUGUGGACAGGGAUCUGAAGCCAAACAACAAAAAGGCAACUGUUGAAAUUUUGACCCCACAGGGUGUCACCGUGCAGCAGGUCCAGAUAAAUAAAGAAAGCAGAAUGAAGUCGUCUGGAAUCAGCACGGGCACGUUCGCUAUCCCAGAGCUGGUGCAGUUUGGGUUCUGGAAAAUUGUAGCAAAGUAUGAUACCGAUGAGACCUACAAUUAUACAACGGAAUUCGAGGUCAAGGAAUACGUACUCCCAAGCUUCGAGGUCGUGUUAGAACCGAGGAAGCAUUUUUUCUACGUGGAUGACGUGAAGUUGGACGUGGACAUCAAGGCUAGAUACACCUAUGGCGAAUCCAUAGAAGGCCGUGCGUUCGCUCUCUUCGGGGUGGUGACGGACAAAGAUAAAGUACUAAUCCCAUCGUCCCUUCAGUCCACCGAUAUUAUUGAGGGGAAAGCGUCGGUUUUUCUGGAGAGUAACACAAUAUCUGAGGCUUUGGGUCCCUUGGAAAAGCUUGUUGGAUUUUCGAUCUACGUCAUUGUCAGCGUGAUAACCCGCACAGGAAGUGAUAUGGUAGAAGCAGAAAACUCUGCCACCAAAAUCGUCAAAUCUCCAUACGUAAUACUGUUCACUAAAACACCAGAGUAUUACAAACCAGGGAUACCCUUUGACUUCAUGGUCUCUGUCACAAACCCUGACGGUACCCCAGCCAGAAGAAUCGAAUUGUCUGGGAGUCAUGAUACGGCCCACAGCGAAUCCAUCACCGGACUCAAUGGGAAAGCCAGAAUGGUUAUCAACACACCAGGAUCGUCAACAGUUAUCAAAAUAACCGUUACAACAAAAGAUCCAGAGCUCCCAAACGAACGUCAAGCCACGGCCUCCAUGGUUGCCAAAGCCUACAAAACGAUGUUUAACUCAAACAAUUACUUGCACAUCAACCCCAAAGUGACAGAUGGAGACAACCUGAUCGUUUAUCUGCACGUUCCGAAAGAAACUGCCGCCGUUACCGAGAAGAUCAAGCACAUCAGCUAUAUCCUGAUGAACAAAGGGGCGAUCGUGAAAGUUGGGAAGCAGCCAAAGGACCCGGGGCAGACCGUGGUGACGAUGACGGUUCCGAUCACCAGUGCGCUGAUCCCAUCGUUCCGACUCGUGGCUUAUUACUACAUAGCUGUGGGAGGGAAAUUUGAAUCAGUGGCUGAUUCCAUCUCGAUUGAUGUGAAGGACACAUGCAUGGGAUCGCUCAAAAUCACUGGGGCCAACGAAGGGGACAAUAAGAAGAUUUAUAGCCCACGUCAAGCAUUCAAGUUGAAAGUAACAGGCGAUUCAGGAGCCAAGUUUGGUCUUGUGGCUGUGGAUAAAGCCAUCUACGUGCUGAAUAACAAAAACAGACUGACUCAGAGCAAGAUCUGGAGCACAGUAGAGGAGAGCGACAUUGGAUGUACAGCAGGAAGUGGGCCUGAUGCCUUUGGUGUUUUUAGUGAUGCAGGUUUAGCUUUCACAGCAAGCAAUGGGUUCAAGUCGACCACACGGACAGAACUCGGGUGCAAACAGAUACAGAAGAGGAAACGUCGAUCGCUCACUCUCAUGAAGCUAAGGAGAUCCAAAGGUAUAUUAUCCGUGUCCUGCGGUGACUGUAUCCGUGUCUCUGGUUCUUUUAGAGAGCAAGUACUCAAACGUUUACUGAGAUGCUGUCGGGAUGGAAUGAAGUCGAUUCCAAUGGCCUACUCGUGUACCUUCAGAGCAAGACGCAUUAAGCAAAGCCGUGAAUGUGUUGAUGCCUUCCUGGACUGCUGCAACGCUUACCAGCAAAGGAAGAAAUUAGAAGCAAGUAGUAUGAUGACAUUAGCACGAAGCGACGAUGAUCAAGGUUAUCGUCUGUAUGAAGAUAUUUUCGCCCGAAGUAAUUUCAGAGAAAGCUGGCUUUGGUACCUGUACGACAUGCCCAAGGAGACUGACAGAGAAGGCUAUGCUUCAAAAGAAAUACCAGGUCACCUGCCAGACUCUAUUACUUCCUGGGAGGUGCAGGCGGUCAGUAUUUCACAGGAUAAAGGUAUUUGUGUGUCUGAUUCUUACGAGAUGACAGUGAUGAAAGACUUUUUCAUUGAUCUUCGUCUGCCCUAUUCGGUCAUACGGAACGAGCAAGUGGAAAUCAAAGCCAUUCUUUACAAUUACCACACCGAGAAGAUUAAAGUCCAAGUGGAGUUUCCAUACAAUGAACAUAUCUGCAGUGGGGCAACACCACAGAAGAGGUUCAAACAGACGGUUGAGAUUCACCCAAAGUCUUCCGAAGCCGUGUUCUACACCAUCAUCCCUCUGGUGCUUGGAGAUAUUGCAAUCGAAAUAAAGGCCUCUGUCUAUGAAGCUUUUGUCAGUGACGGAGUGAGGAAGACCCUUCGUGUGGUGGCCGAGGGCAAACAGGUGGAAAGAGUGCAGACUAUCCCAUUAGAUCCUCAAGGUGUACGUAAAGAAUUCCCAGUUGAUAAUAGAAUCCCAGAUAAUGUGGUUCCAAACACAGAGCCCCAGACCUUCAUCAGUGUACAAGGGAGCGUGCUGGCUGAGACCAUUGAAAAUUCUAUUGAUGGGAGUAGGCUGAAACAUCUAAUCCGACAGCCAACUGGGUGUGGCGAGCAGAAUAUGGCCUCCAUGACCCCCGGGGUGAUUGUCACUCAUUACCUGGACCAAACCGCUCAGUGGGAUAAAGUGGGCCUGGACCGCAGAGAGACUGCGCUAACCUACAUAAGGAAAGGUUACACUCAACAGCAGGCUUUUCGCAAGCCAGGAGGAUCGUAUGCAGCCUUCAUCAACCGCCCUUCCAGCACCUGGCUGACCGCGUAUGUGGCGAAGGUGUUUGCAAUGGCCCAAAGUCUGAUCUCAAUAAAAGCUGAGGUUUUGUGCGAAGACCUGAAGUGGCUAAUAUUAAGGAAACAGAAACCUGACGGGAUCUUUAUGGAGGACGCAGCUGUGAUUCACCUCGAAAUGCAGGGAGGAGUGCACGGGGCUGAAAAUGAUGCCUCGUUGACUGCGUUUGUUCUUAUCGCAAUGAUUGAGGCCAAAGAUCUCUGCUCAAGAAGCAUAGGGAGUUAUGAAAACAGCAUCCAGAAAGCCGGUACCUAUUUGGAAGGCCGUAUUGCCAAGCUGACCCGCGCGUACUCCGUGGCCAUCACUACCUACGCCUUGUCGCUCUUGGGGAUACACAAGGACGACAUUCUGAUGAAGUUCGCCUCCGAGGAUGGAACCUACUGGGCAAAAGCCAAUCAGGAGAAUUCCAUGUACACCAUCGAAGCCACAGGAUACGCUCUGCUCGCAUUACUGCAACUGGAGAAAUUCGAGCAAACUGGUAAAAUCGUGAGGUGGAUGACUGCGAAGAGAGAUUAUGGUGGCGGCUUCAAAUCCACCCAGGCCACCUUUGUUGGUUUGCAGGCUCUUGCUGCAUACCUGAUUCAAAUGCCCGAUUCCAAAGCUGUCAAUAUGGAUGUCACCCUGACCAUCAAGGGCAGGCAAAAUUCCAUUCCCUGGCAUUUUAACACAGAAAAUGUGUAUGUAGCGAAAUCUGAAAAGAUCAACAUCAAUCAAAACUUCACUGUCGCAGUGACAGGUCAAGGCCAGGGGAUGCUAACAGUGACGACCAUUUACAACGCUUUAUUGACUGAAAAAGCCAAGGAGUGCCAGAAAUUUGACUUGCAAGUUACUGUGGAAGAGGUUUUUCCAGAAAAAAAACCACAAGGCGCCCUGAGCUCUGUAUUGAUAAACGUGUGUGCACGGAAUCUGGAAGAGAAAGAGGUGACAAUGACCAUCGCGGAUAUUUCCAUGUUAACGGGAUUUUCUCCGGAUUUGGAUGAUUUGAAAGCGAUUUCAACUGGUGUCGAUCUGUACAUAUCAAAGUUUGAACUCAACAAAGAUACAUCACGCAAAAGUUCCUUGAUUAUUUAUCUGGAUAAAGUCUCCCGUGAUGAAGACACUUGCUUUGCAUUUAAAGCACAUCAGUACUUUAAAGUUGGUUUCAUGCAACCAGCUGCAGUUGAGGUGUAUGAAUACUAUGAUUCAGCAAACAGCUGCACAUCGUUCUACAACUUAAAGGCAAGCAACGCCAUGCUUGGUAAGAUUUGUCACAACGAGAUCUGCAGAUGUGCAGCAGAAAACUGUGUUUCGCUACAGAAACCAAACGACAGAUCGAUAACUGCUGAUAUGAGACAAUACCAGGCCUGCCUUCCGGAAGUUGAUUUUGUUUACAAGAUACGAUUCCUCGAUAAGGAAGAAAAAGAGGGUUACGAUUACUACAGUUUCAAAGUCCUGACAGUGAUUAAAGCCGGGAGUGACGAGGUGGUGGAGGGAAAUGACAGGUUCUUGGUGUCACACGCCAGCUGCAAAGAGACGUUUGUGGUGGAUCUGCAGGUCAAGGAUUAUUUGAUUAUGGGUUUUCAGAAAGAUCUGUGGCCGAUGAAAAAUGGAAUGACCUACGUGGUCACGAAGGGGACCUGGGUGGAAUGGUGGCCGAACAACGAGGAGUGUCAGGCUCGGACUUACAGAAGCCUCUGUGAGAACCUGAUAGACUUUUCAGACACCCUGCGGGACUUUGGAUGCACCACUUAAACACGCUCUGACUAACCACAUCCAACAACAGCCCUCGCAUUUGAUACGGCGCCUUUUCACGUCAAGCCGCCUCACUGAGCUCCACGGGGGGGGUUUGCGCUGUGACUGUGUCGGAGGAUUUUCACCGCAGCGUCCGGCUGACGGGAAAGGCUCUGUAUCAAAAGUAAUUUUAAUCAAUAAAGUGCCGGCGUCCGAUCGCCUCGGGGAAGAGUCUCGAAGCGCCUUGCGGGGAUUUUCCCGUGUGUCGUGUUAAUUUUGUGCUGGUGGUGGUGGUUGUGACUGUGAUUUGAGGGCUUUCGUGUCGUGACUUGUCGUGCGCGUGACAUCAUUUUGGGAACCGACAAUAAAAAGCAGCUGAAAUCAAA